GGUUCUUACAGAUCAUUUCGGAUUUUACGGCAGUCACAGGCGAUUGAGGCGAGGCAGUCUUUGCGAAGUGAAAAAUAUUUUUCACUUAAAGUUUCUUCUAGUUUGCCAUUAAAAUGAUUGCAGCUAGGAUGAAUGCGUCGAGAUUUUUGGUUAAAUCUAUUGCAGGAAGACGUGGCAUGGCAGGCUAUGGCCUCACACACGUCAAGCCCCCCACCAUGAACGACUUACCUGUGCCCUCUGGCUCCUGGCAAGUUGCUUAUGCUCAGACUCAGAGCAAAUACAACAUGAUUCUUCUUGGUUCCGCUAUCUUCUGCGCUGCCACCCUCACUUUCGCCAAAGUGAGUCAGCUCAUUAAGAUCGAGUGGGGCCCUGCUUACAAGGACUGAAGAACUCGACAUCUGCUGUAAAUACGUCCCUCCGAACAGUUCUCUCCAACGAUGUACAUCAUAAAUUGCAAUUGUAAUAUUUUACAAUUAUUUUCCUGAAAGUUAUCCCUCAUGGUUUUCUCAACAUCACUUCCUCGGUAUUUGUAGAAAUAAAUUAUUUACAUUC